CGUUCAGCCCGACGCCGCUCGGUCGCGUGAUAAGAAGUUGGAAUUCGACGAAGGGGGGUUAGGGUUCGGUGGGAGCUUCGAUGGCGGAGGGAGAGAGGAGGGCGACGGUGGGUGCGGUGGAGGCUUCGGCUUCGACGUCGACGGUGGAAGGAAGGAUGGAGAUAGGGCGGACGGCGGUGAUGCUUGUGUGCGGCAGCCUGGUCUACUACCACUGCGCCUACCGGGGGUCGAGUCUUCUCUCCCUCGUCUCUGACGUUCUCCUCGUCCUCCUCUGCUCGCUCGCCAUCCUCGGAAUGCUCUUCCGCCAGAUGAACAUCACAGUUCCUGUGGAUCCACUUGAGUGGCAAAUAUCUCAGGACACGGCAAAUGCCAUUGUUGCUUGUUUGGCUAAUACCGUUGGGGCUGCAGAAUCGGUGUUGAGAGUUGCUGCAACAGGGCACGAUAAGAGACUGUUCUUUAAGGUAGCUCUUACGCUGUACCUGUUGUCUGCUUUGGGACGGGUUGCCUCAGGUGCCACAAUUGCUUAUGUUGGAUUGUGCCUCUCAUGCCUGUACUUCUUUGCCCAAAGUUCUGGUCUUAUGUCUAGCUACCCCACCCAAUUUCUGAAGAGAAGAGAGACCACUGGAUCUGGAGUUCAGGAUGCUAUGUAACCUAUAGAUUGUAUUUAUUUUUUUCUUCCUGUCUUUCAUUUUUGGGAUUGCGGUUAUUCCUUGUGUGUUCAUCAUUCGACACAUUACAAGGGGACGUUGUCAUAACCUCCUCUUCCUAGAUUGUUCAAAGCAAUAAAUCAAGUGUGGAAACAUAUAACCGACCUCGGCCGUGUGUGUAUAUACUGAUAAAUGUUUAAAGUGAUGUUCAACUGAGAGCUGUUUUUCACUGGUUAGAUA